CCCGCUGUCGAGCUUGGUGACUUGGUGCCCGCUGUCGUGCCUGAUGCCUCGGUGCCUGCUGCCUCACCUGAUGGCCCGGUGCCUGCUGCCCGCCUGAUGGUCUGGUGCCUGCUGCCUCGCCUGAUGUGCCUCCGCCUGCUGCCUAGCCUGAUGUGCCUGCUGCUGCCCAGCCUGAUGUGCCUCCGCCUGCUGCCAAGCCUGAUGUUCCUCCGCCUGCUGCCCAGCCUGAUGUGCCUCCGCCUGCUGCCCAGCCUGAUGUGCCUCUGUCCGCUGCCCAGCCUGACAUGCCUCUGUCCCGCUGCCCAGCCUGACGUGCCUCUGUCCGCUGCCCAGCCUGAUGUGCCUCCACCCGCUGCCCAGCCUGACGUGCCUCCACCCGCUGCCCAGCCUAAUGUGCCUCCGCCCGCUGCCCAGCCAGAU